AUGAGUACCCCCUCGCGGCGACGAUUGAUGCGCGAUUUCAAGCGCCUGCAGGACGAUUCGCCCUCGGGCAUCACGGCCGCCCCCUCGGAUAACAACAUUAUGCAGUGGCAGGCUGUCAUCUUUGGACCGGACGACACGCCGUGGGAAGGCGGCACGUUCAGGCUCAAGCUGGAGUUCUCCGAGGAGUACCCUAACAAGCCGCCCAAGGUCAGCUUCGUUUCGGCCAUGUUUCAUCCCAACGUCUACAACGAUGGCAGCAUCUGCCUGGACAUCCUCCAGAACCAGUGGUCUCCCAUCUACGACGUUGCCGCGAUUCUGACGUCGAUCCAGUCGCUGUUGUGCGAUCCCAACCCUAACUCGCCGGCCAACGCCGAGGCUGCGCGUCUCUUUGCCGAGAACAAGCGGGAGUACAACAGGCGAGUCAAGGACGUGGUCGAGCGGAGCUGGGAGGACGUCGGUGCCUGA